GUGUUACUUCGUAAAAAUUAGAUGUGGAAAGUGUUAUAAACAAUACCUUUGAUGAUGGCUGUGUUGGAUUUGAAAGUGAAUAAGGCUUUAUUAGACUUGAAAUUUGAAGGGUAUAAAUUAUCCCUCGAUCCAAUUCCAGUAUUGAAGCAGACUGUUAUCAAUGGUGUGAAAUGUGUUGAGCUCAGGACAGAUGAUUAUAGUUAUUUACAUACUCGAUUGAGUCUUUUAAUGAAUCAUCUGUUUCAAGAUCCCUGGAGCCAGAAUAGUGUAUUUUACAUUAAUGAAAGAAACCAUGUCUUGUGGACAUCUCUUGGGCAGGAUGGACGUUUAUUUCCAACACGCAAUGUCUGGGAAGUGCCUUUAGAUGUUUCGUGUGAGCAAGCGAACAUUACAAUAAAUUUCCCUGGUGCGGAUUGGGCUGUACUUUGUAGUGGCAAAAGUCUAAGUGUUCUAUAUACUCCCAGCAGAGCAGCAGGAGAACCUUGGAUGUGUUGUCAUAGCUACAAUAUUGAAAGGAACAUUCAUUGCUAUCUCAUGCAUUCUGUUCAUCGAACUCUUCUUGGUGGAGAGCAAAUUGAUUGCCUGGUGGCUGCUGUUGAGCCAAAGGCAAAUGUUCCAGAAGGUUUAACCUUUUCUAAAGAUCAUGCCUUUUUUUCUGUUCUAGAAUGGAUUUCAUUUACAUGUGGCCAAAAUAACCAGGCAUGGACUAAGAAACGAACUAGAAAACUGGCCGGACCUUCCUUCCCAGAGUAUGCAGCCAUUGAUAACAAUGGAGAUGCAAUAUGUGUUGCUUCUCAAGAGGAAUUCAAAGUAUUUUAUGAUUCCGAUGGAUUAGUGAAACUCCAAAAAGAAAACUCCGUUCAAGAACCUCAACCUCCAAAGUAUACUUACAUUCAAACUCCAGAAGAUAUCACUGUGAUUUUUCGUGUACUUGAAAACACAAGGAAGAGUGACUUACAGAUAAAUAUACAGUCCUUUUACUUAGAAGUUCUUCAUCAAGGAAAAAAUGUUUUAGAUGGAGCUCUUGCAAAUUGUAUUGAUGUCAGUUCAAGCACUUGGAUUUUGGAUGGAGAAAGACUGGAAAUAAUUUUGUCCAAGGCUGAAGUUGGUUUAAUGUGGCAGGAAUUAGUAAAAGGAGAUAAAUCUGGUGAAGAGCUUAUGGAUCCUGCUCUUGUGGCUGAAGUUCAUAAUAGACUUUCUCAUCUUACAUCUGACACAGAGGUUGCUCCUAGCAAUAGGGUUCCUUUCAAUUUAGAACAGUUGGAAGAAUGUGAUUCUGCCACCGAACCUCUGAGUUUUCAAAGAAUUGAUGGGAAUGAACAUUGUGAGACUCAUAGGAUAAAUAUGGGUGGCCAUCAACUGUUGUUUUGCCAGCAGACAAGUCCUGAGCAAUUGCCUGCAAUAUGUCUAAGACAUGAUGUAGACGGUAUACUUUGGCAACCAAAGAAUAUUUGCAGUGAAGGGGAGUUAGAACAAUUCAAGAUGGAGCAUGUGGCAACCUUUUCCGCUUUAGGCUAUGUUCUCGCUUCAAAACAAGAAAAAAAAUUCACUUUUUGUGCUCCCGACUUUUCCUUCUCAUUGAUUUCGGAUUGUUCUCGACAUGUGUACUUAUAUUGUCAACCAGAGAACUUGCAUUCAGCAUUUGAAGUACGAAAUCGAAAAACUGGCGAAUUAAUUGCUCAUAUAGCCAAGCAGUAUGUUAUUAGCUUGGAACAGUGUGACAGGAUACUUGGCUUACAGGUUAGUCCACAGUGUGUUUUUGUGUUGAGUAAAGACAUGUUAUAUGCUAUAAAAGUGACUGCUAAAUAAUGUGGGCUGCUAUUAGGAAAUUAUUCCAAGUAUCUCCGAGAUACUUCUUGCACUCAUUUUUUACAUGUAUUGUACAUAUGUAUAGCUAUAUCUGAAAUGCCUAUUGUAUUUGAUAGGUUUUAUUUGUACAUAUGGGUUGACAUUUCAUUUGUGCUUGUUGGAGUUUUACUUUGUACAAUAAAGAUCUU